GUAUGGAAAAUUUCAUUGAUAUGCUAAUACAGACAUGUGUAUGUACUUGCUUAUCUUGUGUGUAGCGAGAGAGCCUUAGCAAUAGAGCUCUUGAAAAUUAAGUUAUUAAAAAGGUUAUGCUCAAAUUUAAUUUUCAAUUAGGGUAGUCCACUUGAAUUUUGGCGCCUCCAGUCAGCUGUUGUAUUUUGAAGUGCUGCCAGUUGCUUUGACUGCCAAGUGGCAGCACUGCAUUUACAGCUGUAGCCGACUUCACGUUGCUGUGACUAAUAUCAAAACAUGCUGGGGGCAAAAGGAAUUUAGACCCAAAGAAAGUAUGCCGCUUGUUGUUGUUGCUGCAGCAAAGUCCAUGUAAUGCUGGCAAUAGUAUGUGUGUGUACUUGCAACCUAAGGUAUCUGCAGGAUUGCAGUUAUUGCAACAUCGGUGAAGCACCUUAAAUAAAUUGUUGUAACAGGAGCAUUACAACAACAACAGCGACUAAGUGAAAACAAAAUUGAAGAAACAGCUGUGCUGAGAUUCCGUCCAUAAACGAAACCAGUUCAAAGUUCCAGAUCGAAUUAGGAAUCGAUCGAUGCCACAUUGCCACACAAUGGUCUAUCUACGGAUUGUGCUCACCACGCUGGUAACCAUCACAUGCCUGCUGGGUGAUAAUUUCGUCGAACUCACCCAGCAUCCGCUGCUCAAAGCUCUGGCGGACAAUGCAACACAUGCCGCAAUUGGCGCCUUGACCGGAAUCGCAUUUGCCAUGCAGUUCUAUGAGCGAACCAGUCAACUCUUUGGCUGGAUAUUGAUUUUCAGCUGCUUUGUGGCAUCCUCGUUCAUUGAUCUGGAUCACUUUGUGGAGGCCCGUUCGCUCUACUUGGAGGAUGCCACCAAUUUGUCGCGUCGUCCUUUUCUGCACUGCUCGAGCAUUGUGCUCGGUCUGAUCCUGUUUUAUAUAUGCACAGCAUGCCUGAAUUAUUUUCGCAGCAGUUUAAUCUUGGGAGCGCUGCUCUGUGCCUUCAUCACGCAUCACACGAGGGAUGCAGUGCGUCGGGGCUUUUGGUUCUGGCCCUUUAUGGGACACACGGAUCGCAUACCUCAGUUGGCCUACAUUUUGGGCACCAUAUUGACGCCAUACCUGUUGGGUUAUCUACACAAUAUCUGUCGCAGCACCUGGGUGCUAAGCUUCCUGGGCCAAUAUAUUAAGCUAAGUGAGAGUAAUUAUCGGAGUGGUGCUGGUGGAGUUGGUGGCUCAGCUGCCAGCUAUCGCUAUUUGCAGGUGUAAGUUUUGUGAUACUACAAAUAAUAUUAAUAUUGCAAAUUCUACUACAACAAAAAAUGCUUUUCUUAGGCUUCAAGCUGAUUAGGUUUAGUAUCUGAAAAUGUAAUCUAUCCAGAGCUUAAUUAAAGCUCAUUAGAUUUAGCUUUAAGUUAGCGAAAAUUUGAUCUAGCCAUGAGAUACAAAUACUUCCACAUUACAGGACACAAUUUCAUUAUAGGCUGUUUUUUCCAGUGUAGUUUUUUACUAGUCUCCAACACAAAAACACAGAUAAUAUCCAAAAUGUUGUGAUAUUUAAGCAUAAGCAUUUAGUAUUUAGUAUAAUCAAAGCAGACGCGCACAACUAAUCGAUUUUCAAUUAAUAUGUGUAAUCUGAACGACUAAUAGCUAUAGAUACAAUAUACAUUAUAGAGACACAUACUUAUGACAAAUAUUUUAAUCAAAUCAAUGUUAAUUUAAAUCA